UGUUCUUGUUCUUUCAUCUUCAUCUUUCUUUAGCUCCGGAAAUAACGCAUCAGUAAUUGUUUGUACUUAAACUUCACACUUAACGUUUCAAAACUUGUCGUUUUUAAGUACUUAGUUGCCCUUUUUGGGCAGGUCAUCAACAUCAACAUGCCUUACGUCGGUUCAGAUGGUCAAUUGGUGCAGACUAGGCCCUUUGGAAUAUCCUCGAUUGUUGAAUACUUUUGGGGCGCUAUCAAUUUCUUCAGUUUAUUUUUUCGUGGCUUACUGCACAUGGACGACUCAGGGCCACAAAGGGGACAAUACGGCAAUAGGCAAAGAAUUCCAGGAGGACGACGAACGAUUGGAGGAUUUCGACCAUCCGGGGGCGCUGCACCACCGCCUUGUGUUGGGGGCGGAUGAGGUUAAGAACACCUACGAUGAGGAGUCAUUUCUCUUCCGUAGGCCACUUCUUCUGUUCUUCCACUACUAACGCUGUAAACCCACAUCUUCUACAUUUAUACGAAACCAGGUUGGAUAACUGCGACACAGCUUUGUUCGUUGUAGUUUUAUGACAUCUUUGUUCAGAAACUUUGUUCAAAGUGGAACUGGAUUGAUGAAUUUCAACUUGGAGUAUCGUAUUCUUGUAGGUUUCCAUUACCAAAAAAUACUGGUGUCAUAUGUAUUUAAUAUUUAUGUAUCCGUUCAAAAUCAAUCGUUAUAUAUCGUAAAUUAUUAGUACAAUUUUGUACACUGACGCCUUUGAAAUGUAACUUUUACUAUACAACCGAAAUAAUAACGUUUAACAUACAUA